AGUAUAUUUUACAUGAUCACUGACAAUCAUGUCUUAUACAACUCCUUGUUUGAAGAAGCCAUAAACUUUUAUCAUAACACUACAUCAUGUGAUGCAUACAUCAUACAGUCAAAUGUCGAUACUUUAUGGAGCAAAUUACUAUCUAAGAUGCCUACGUCCAAAACUAUAAUAUUGUUAAAACUUUUAACACCUGUGAUAACUUCUUGGACACACGUUGGUUAUCCUUUAGUGCAAGUAAUCCGACACAACAAUACACGGACUCUUGAAAUACUGAUUAGAGACUGUUUUCUAAGUAAUAUAGAGCAAUCUUGUGUAAGCACGUGGUGGAUACCUGUGACCUAUAUAAGAAUAUCACAGUCUAAUAUCAAAUAUCAAUCGUACUUACAACCAGACGGAAACAAUAUUAUAGUUCCGAAUAUUAAAGAAGAUGAUUCUAUCAUUUUUAUAGAUGUACCUGGAUAUCGCGUCACCUACGAUCGUAAAUCUUGGAAGAACAUUGCUCUCUUCUUGAAACGUACAACGUCUAACAUGUUUUUAUCUGACGUCUCAUUAGCUCAAAUUCUCGACGAUGCUUUUUAUUUUUUAGUACAAAAUACAGAUUAUAAUGAAAAUUCUGUUUCAAAUACUUAUGAAAAUCUAGACAUAUAUUUUGAUAUUGCAAACAGUGUAUUUCACGUGAACAAUUCCUACAUAGCUUGGUAUCCUAUAUUUACUGCUCUUGAGUACUUAUCAAAGAUUUUUCCGUUUCCAGAAAGCGCAUACAUCAAGGAUAAAAUUUUGGAUGUAUUGAAUAAAUUUCUUGAAGAUUCGUCGCAUACACCUUCUUCCGAAAAUAAUGUCAAUAAUCAGUUAUAUUACGAAGUUUUAAAAUGGGCAUGUACUCUUGAUAGCAUAAAGUGCAAAGAUAUUGUUAUGGCUGAAGUAACGUGGCAUAUACACAAUCCUGCUCGAAACAGACUUUUGCCAAGUUGGGAGAAAUGGAUAUUUUGCCAGAGUUUAAUGGUAGAAAAUUCUCCGUAUGAAAACUCUUUUACAUGGUAUACAUUAAAAACCAUGUACAAAACACAGUCAAAAGAUGAAGAAAUGUUUAAGUUUUUACCUUGUUCUAGACAUCGCAGAAAUAUUUUCUUAUCUUUUUAUUCCUUUUUAACUAAUUUUCUGCCAUCUUAUGAAUGUAAUGUAGAUUUAAAAAAAAGUGAUAAAGUUUCUUUUCUUUUUAAUAUUUUUGCAAAGCAUUCAAAAACUGUUGCAUCGCUGACGUCUAUACUAGAAGGAAUACAGUACAUAGAAAGCGACAUUAACAUUGGCGCAAUAAUGAAUUGUAUUAUUAACAACAUAUAUUCAGAUGAAGACCUGUUUAUGAUUUCUGAUGAAAACUUCUUACAAAAGCUAAAGGACAUAUAUCAUGCG